UUCCACUCCCUUGCAUUUAUUAAUAAGAAAUUGAAUGAAGAAACCAAGACCUGUCUUGCUCAAGCCAACUCUUUGCAAUGUAAUAGCCUUAUUGGAGAAGACUCCAGCAAGCAUGCAGGUGAAACAAGGAAAUAGCAGUCAGAAUAAUGUACAGGCAAUAUUUGGUCAGCAAUUUGCAGAUUACCUAUCAAGAUAUGCCCUUGGAGUACAUACUUUAGUCAACGAGUACUAUUCAAACACUAUGGGAACAAUUUGUUCGAACAAAGGUGAACAACCAUCUUUGUGAAAUACAAGCUUGGAGGGAUUAUUAAUGAAAUUAAGGGAAUGUGCUGAAGAGGAUCCUAGAAGUGAUAUUUUCUCAUUCUCUCUGGCACAAUCCAGCUUUGUUAGUACUCUAAGGUUAGUAUUUGAAAAGGUCACUGGAAACCCACUCAUCUUCGACCAGAAUGAAACUGUAUGCAUGUGGAUAGAUUUGGAAAAUGACAAAGACAGGGAGUUCCUGACUGCUGUUGGGGAUAUCAAAUUCCCUACUAUUGAUACUAUCAUUAUUGAUAAUUUUUACGAGGGUGAUGAAGAGCUUGAAACAUUCCUUUCACAAAGUAUUUCAAGUGUUAAUAACCUCAUCUUGAGGGCUGAUGGCUACUGCGUCGACUUCCAUGAUUACUGUGAAAAGCUGCAAGAGCUUGACUUUAUCAAAUGCCUGUAUCUCAAGGGAUUUUUGAUAGAUAGCGAAGAUCUUGAGCGAGUUCUCAAAUUGCCCGAUUUAGAAAAAGUUAUAUUUGAAUCCUGAAAAAUUGGAGUUGAUGAGCAUUUCUGCAUCUGUGGAGACAAUGAACUUAAAAAUCGGUUAGUUCUCAAGUCAUUGCACUUCAUAAUUAAUGAAACGGAAGAGGAAGAUAUGAAAAGACUAGCAAAAACUAUUAAACAGAGUUCUUGAGAGUAUUCUUUUGAAUCAAUCACAGUCCUAAACUGUGCUCUUUGUCAGAAGCAAAUAGACUCCAUCUUUAAUUAAUUUUAUACUUUAAUGACUGCUAAACAGCUCUGUGAUAUUA